AUGGCAGAAGAUGCUUUUUUGCGCGCAGACUUCUCUCUUGAUGAGUAUCUCAGUAGGAUAUUGGCAGAUUCCUCUGGGGAAUGUUCUCGACUGAAGGACCAGCAUGUAAGGAUACUUUCACAGCACGCGGAUUCUCUGUCGUGCGAGAUAAUUAGCGAGAAAGAAAAAAUAUACGAAGGUUUGAAUACGCUCAGUGCGCUUGUAGCAGAAGCCAAGCGCAUUUCAUCUGAACUUCCAGAAUUAUUCCUGCCUCUAUUAUCUGGGGAAACGAGUAAGCUAGACUCAGAACUUCACAGAGAUUUAGAGAAUGAGGUAGAGGCCAUGCAGGGAGAUUUAUCCAUUGCAGAGGGGCGCACACUUCAACACAAAGAACAUAUUACUCUAGUGAUAGACAGACAAGUCUACACAGGAAUAAUUCUAGUAUGCAAAGAUAUAAUCAUAGUAGGGCUCAACACACAAGAAGGCAGGGAAAUGUACAAUGCAUUACUAAUUAAAGAAAUACAAUGUUCAAUUGAAGGAUCCUCUCUUAUAAUAUUACUGCCUCCGAUUAGAAUUGAAAUCACAAAGACAGAAAGCACUCUAAAAUACCUUCUAAAUAAAAUAAUAGGAAGAGAGGCAAGUAAACCCCAAAAAACCCCAAAAACAAAAGAGUCCAAAUCCGAAGCCACAUCAGAAAUAUCCAUUAAUGAAGUGGAUGGGAUAGAGUAUAAAAAAUACCUCUUACAAAUAGGAAGAAUUGAAUCGAUCGAAUCUCUAUCAAAUGAUGAAAUUAUCAAAGAAAUUCUAGCCAUGCACAAAGCAAGUCAAUGGAAAGGCACUUCUUCAUUAUUAAAAAUACUCAAGAAGAAAAGUAUUUUAGAUGCAGUAAAAAUAUACUGCCAGAUAGAAGGAAAAAUAAUAGAAAAAGCAAUUGAUUCUGUAAUUUCAAAAAAAGCCCCAAUUGCUUCUAUUAUAGAAAGAGUGCACACACUAUUAGACCAUUACAUAAAAGGCAUUGAAACAGUCUUCCCAGAGAGUGCAGCAUACGGGUACAUUGCAAUACAUUUAGAGGACAUCCAUGUAAGCGCAGCCAAGCAUAUAUUUAGACUAUUUUAUAUGUGCAGUGAUUCAUUAGAUGAAAAUAAUGACAGCCAUGCAUUCAUUGCCUCAUUAAAAAAAGCAUUUACAUAUAAUGGAUACUCUUAUGGGUAUACAGUGCGCGUAGGUGAUGUUGUAUUAAAGGAUAUUUUAAAGAGUAAAUACGGGUUUAACAAACAAGUCAUGCAAAGUGUAUUCAAGCAAAUGCAAAAAUAAUUCAGAUUUAUUUACAGUAUGACUUAAAUAUUAGAUGUAAAGAAGGUUGUUUGUUUAGUACUCGCUCUGUACGUGGUGAAGUGUUCAAGCAUACUUUUAUCCUCUUGGUGUUCUGCUGGGUCUGUGAGGAAUUCUUUAAAUUUACAGUCAAUGACAAAUUCUUCUUUCUGGGGCUGCA